CUCGAGAAUAAAAUACGAUCUGUGAGUUACAUCAAAAUUUUCUGUUCCUGCAAUUUCGAAGAAGCCUAUGAAAUUUGUUCAGAGUUUCUGUCGUUAGGCUGAAAGUCUUAAAUUUUGUAGUAUAAUUAAACUGUACUUUGUUUAUGCUAGUAGCGAAUUGGAAGUUUAUAAAAUUUAUGAUAGAGAUGUAUUCAUUUUUGGCAAAACUGUAGAUUUAUAUGAAAUAUAGAGCCGUAAAAUAAAUUUUGAAAGAUGGAUGAUGAUCCAAUGGAAGGCACAUCUGAACUUUUCGCUUCUGUUUUGAGUGAUGUUACUCCUGAGGAAUGGGAAAACUAUAAACAAAUGAAUAAGUAUGGAAAUUAUAUAGUUGAUUCUGCGAGCGAUGAUGACAGUUGCAUGUCUGAUAGAUCUGUUUCACCAUGUAGAGAGGAAAUGAUAGCCAAUGUUGAACUUGUUGAAGAUGAAGAAGCUGAAGUUGCUAGUGAAGCUUCAGAUGAUGAAGAAAAUGACAGUGGCCAAACAGCAUGGGGUUGUGAUGCUGCUGUUAAAUAUGUUAAUGGCGAAAUUACGUUUUCUGAAUUAAAUGAUAUUAUGGAAAAUAAAAAACCUAACCGCCACCCAAGGAAAAAAAGGCGUACAGAAAGAGAGCCAAAAGAACCAAGGCAAGAGUCCCAGAUAGAAAAAGAACAUAGAGAAUAUGAAAUGGAGCUAAAAAAUAAGAAAAAGAAAGGACGCAGGAAAAUGAGUCAUUUACCAAAAGAAUUAGAAGGUUUAAUGGGAGCCGCCCAUGUAAAGUUUGCUCAAGGGGAAACAGAAGAUGCUAUUAAAAUGUGCAUGGAGCUUAUUCGAUUGGCACCAACUGCUCAAGAACCCUUCCAGACUUUAGGUGUUAUAUAUGAUGCAACAGGGGAACCUAGGAAAUCAUUACAGUGCUAUUUGGUUGCAGCAUGCUUGGACCCUUCUGAUACCGAAGAAUGGAUACGACUAGCAGAUCUUUCACUAGAGCAAAAUAAAAUUGCUCAAGCUAUCAGCUGUUAUAGUUAUGCAAUUCGUAAUGAGCCAGAUAAUGUACCAUUUCUGUGGGAAAGAUGCAAUUUAUAUGAACGAAUAGGAGAUCGAAAAAAAGCUUUGGCUGGAUAUGAACAAAUUUUGAAGCAUUUGAGUGCCCCUGAAGCUGGACAGAAAUGUGUAGAAAUGUCAAGAGAGAUUGCAAAGGUUCAUUAUGAGAAUACUGACUACAUAAAUGCAAUUAAAGUGUUAGAAAUGGCUUUUACUAAGUUCCCUUCACUGAUUACUUCAGAAGAUGUGAAUUUUCUUCUGGAGUUACAACUGAUUCAAAAAUUUUACACAUCAGCCAUAAAGAAUUUUGUUCAACAUUGUGGUGUCAAGCUUCAGAUGCCUGACAGAGAAAUUGAUACACCUGAUGAACUAGAGACUUUCACAGAUGAUGAUUUUAAAGUUGUUUUAAACUGUUAUGUUCCAGAAGUUCUUCCUGUUGAUCUAGCUGUAAAAGUCUUGCUAUGUUUAAUACAUUUGCAGUCUCUAACUGCAGUUCAACCUCUUUUGGAAGCUCUUAUUCAAGAAAACCCAGAAGAUUUUGGAGACUUAUAUUUAGAUGUUGCAGAAGCUUUCAUGGAGAUAAAGGAAUAUGAGUUUGCAAAAACUUUACUUUCUAAGUUGUUAAAAACAGAUAACUAUAAUCUGCCAGCAGUGUGGAUGAAAUAUGCAGACUGUUUGCAUGCUUUAUCUCAUGUAGAAGAAGCCAUGAGUGCAUAUCAAAAAGUUAUUGAAAUGGCUCCCACUUAUCAGGAAGCUCGUCUUGCUUUAUCUAAUAUUCUUCUUAAAAAAGGAAAAAUAGCAGAAGCUGCAAGCAUCUUAAAACAAGAGUAUGAAGAAGGAAAGGAAGUAACAACCCUAGGUAUUGAUGCUCUAUAUCAAAGGUGUAGAUUGUUACAGGCAGAAAAAAGAUGGGAUGAAUUCAUCCAGGCUGCAGUUUUACUUCAAUACAGCCACUGUUAUCUAUUAGAAACUGAAGAAGAAUAUAGUGCUGUUAUGGCCAACCAGACAUCUAAAAGAAGAAAUGAAGCUCUAAGAGAUUUAAAAGCUCAGUCUAAGAAACCAGCACCUGAAUUCAUUGGAAGCAAAAUAUCUUUGUCUGACAUGUGGGAUAUUUUUAAAAUAGUAUCAAAUAAACUCUUGGAACAAAAGCGUUUUGAAGAACUUCAAUGUUUAUCUCUUGCAGCAUUAACAUCUACUAUGUUUAUGAAGAAUCCAGAGAUGGCAAAAGAUUGCGAAUUCCAAGCUCUAUUGAGUUGUUUCUUCAACAAUAGUCACUAUUAUGCUUACCUGUUAGUCAAAGAUCUUGUGAUUAAGAAUAUAAAUAAUCCAAAGGCUUGGAACCUGUUUUGUUUGAUCAUUACACGAAGCCAGGAAAGUAGACAUAAUCGUUUCUGUCUUCGUCUUAUGAUGAAGCAUCAAGAUCAUUUGGCUCUUGGAUUUCUAAAUGGACACAAUGCUAUGAUAUCUGGCACUUAUAAACAUGCUUUGGGUGAAUAUAUGUGCAUUCUCAAGGAACGACCAAAUGAUCCAUUUGCAACAUUUUGUGUUGGUUAUACUUUUAUACAUAUGGCUUGCCAAAAAUUUGCCACUAAGCGCCAUUUUCUUGCUCUUCAGGGAUUUGUUUUCCUGUCUCAUUAUUUGAAAUUAAAAGGUGAAUGUCAAGAGGCAUAUUAUAAUAUUGGAAGAGCUCUACAUCAGUUAGGUAUGAAAGAUAUGGCUAUUCAGUAUUAUAAAAAAGCUCUAUGUGCUCCAGUUGUUAUUAAGGGACCAGAUGAAGAAGUAUUUAAUCUGAAGCGUGAAAUAGCCUAUAAUUUAUCUCUUAUCUAUCAAGCUACAGGUGCAUUGGAUCUUGCAUAUAUGUACUCUCGUAAAUAUAUUGUUGUAUAAACAUUUUAUAUAUAAUGUAUAUACUGCAAAUAAAUGUUUUGAUAUUGGUUA